UGAAAUAGCAAAAAAGAUUAAAAAACCUCUCCUCCAUUCGUCCACCUUCCCCGUCCCAGAGACCGAGAUCUCCUCUCUCUCCUCGCGAUCGCCAUUAAUGGAGGAAGAGAGAGCUCGGUCCCCCGUUCUCCAUCACGGAAUCUUACCCUUACUUCUUUGAUUCCUUUCCCUUCUCCUUCUCUCCUCCUCUGAUCCGAUCUGAUACGCGAUGCAGACCGCGCAGGCUUGGUUCGCCGGAGGCCCGAGCAAUAACGAGGAGCAGAAGUCGGCUUCCUCCCUCCUCGCCGACUGGAACUCGUACGCCGCCUCCAGAUCCACCGAGGCGAGCGGGUCCGCCGCCCUCGCGUUCGAUCUCGAGGCCGCCGUCAGGACGGCCAACGAUAAGGUCACCGGGACCUUCAACGUGGUGUCUAAAGGUGUGAGGGAAUUACCUGGGAGCUUCCAAAAUGCUACUAGCAGUGUUCCGUCUGGAAAGGCUCUCAUGUACUUUGGGCUGCUCCUUGCCAGUGGCGUGUUCUUUAUUUUUGUUGCAUUCACUAUGUUCCUUCCAGUCAUGGUGCUGAUGCCUCAGAAAUUUGCUAUCUGCUUUACUCUUGGUUGCAUCUUGAUUAUUGGAUCGUUCUUUGCUCUUAAAGGUCCCAAGAAUCAGCUGGCUCACAUGUGUUCAAAAGAGAGACUUCCAUUCACAUUGGGAUUUACUGGCAGCAUGGUGGGUACCAUUUAUGUUUCCAUGGUGCUUCACAGUUACAUUCUCUCUGUUCUCUUUUCUGUGCUCCAGGUUCUUGCACUUGCAUACUAUUCUGUAUCAUACUUUCCGGGAGGAUCUGCUGGGCUGAAGUUUCUGUCUUCAACUCUUACGUCUUCAAUAUUGAAAUGCUUUGGCAGGUGAUGCCAGUGUCGGUAGUUUUAUUUUCUUUUUUCCCUUUAUUGGUUCUUCCCUACCGAGGUAAUUGUAUCCUAGUUUUCAUCUGUCAUUAAGAAAUGCUUUGUACUAAAACAUACAUGGUAAUGUGUUUUUUUUUCUUGGUUGCCCAACAUUGGCUGUACUAUGCAGUUAGUUUGUGGAGUUCUACCUACUUGUUUAUGAUAAUGAAAGAGUGAUUUUUUUUACCAAAAA